GCGCACGUACCGCGUACCGCGCAGCAUACACGCACACAUACACGCACAUUGUAUACUCGAGUUUCCCGCUGUUCCGCUGUAUCCUACAGCUGACGUGUAUACGUACGUGUGCUGAUCUGCGGUCGCGCGGAGAGGAAUGGUACACAACGGGCGCGUUAAGACGGGACCACACCACCAUACGGGGGGCACGUAGGUUCGGAGAUAAGUCGAAUCUCCUUACAAACGACGUUCUCGCAUAACCUCGACGUCGUCAGCGGCGAUUAAUUGGCGCCGAAUGCACUUCGGAGUCAUAAGCCCCCGCUGAGCCUACUCCAGGCGAUUUGCCUACUCCGAAAGAUGUCGUUGACAUUUCAGCAGAUUAUAUUGGAUGCCAAAAAAUUGGUCAUUCGAAUUUCAGAUCAUGAGAAUACAGCAGACACACUGAUAAGCGAAGUAGAAGCUGUAUGUGGACAAAUUGAUAACAUGAAGCAGUAUCAAGAGGAAGUAGAAAUUUUAAAUACAGAAGCAAAGCAAAGGCCACAUUUGCAAUUGAUUGCUGGAAUUCAAAGAGAAAACAAACAUUUGCGGGAAAUACAAGCAGAAAAUAAAGAAUUAAGAAAUGCAUUAGAAGAUCAUCAGCAUGCACUUGAACUCAUAAUGUCCAAGUACCGACAACAAACUGCCUCCUUAUUACGUCUCAGCAAAACGGAUUAUUCAUCCAUGCAUAAUUCAAAGUAUGCCAAUAUAAUAACCAGUCAAGCAGAGAAAAUUAAUGAAAUGGCAGCUGUAAUGAAAACAGCUGCUGCCUUAGAUGAAGAGAAUGAAUUGAAAGAAAAGGAGGUGUUGCAUUCUUUAAAAGAAGAGAAUGCCACGCUCCGAGAAAUAGUAAAUAUUGCAAAUAAAUACGGUUCCUUAAACAAAGAAUGUUCUGUAGAAAGCAAAAUCGUUCAAACGGAUCCACUAAUAGAUUAAAAACAAAUUUACGUUUAGAAUUCUCGAUUCUUUUUAUAAAAAGUUGACCAGUAUUUAUUUCACACACACAACUUGUGACAUAUUACAUUACUUAUUACAUAGAAUCUAUUACACACAUAGAUGAGAAAUGUAUGUGCAAGUGUAGUAUACAUAUACAUAUUAAAGAUUUGUAAAAUAAAUUGUACAAGCUGUUUGCAAC